CAGAUCCGCUUUACUUGGGAGAGACAGAGACAGCCUUUACCUUGACUUUCUUUGGACGAAUCAGGACAACGACGAUCAUGCGUCCAUCAACAGCACUGGCCCUGCUCGGCCUGGCUGCCCAAGACGCCUUGGCAGCAUGCCCCUAUGCUGAGCAGCUCGCAGCCCGGUCCGAGUUGAACACCAAGAGCACAGAGUCGCGCAGGACAGACCUGGGAAAGCGUGCUGAAGGAAAGCAGGGUGUCUUUUUCAUGAACCGCAUUGCACCUUCUGCAUCUACGCUGUACAUCGCAAAUGCCGACGGCAGCAACGAGAGGGCGCUCCUGCCUUCCAACUCGUCCGUCUUCGAGUACCAGGGCCACUUCACGCCGGAUGGCAAGUCUGUCAUCUUCACGAGCGAGAGGGUGGAUGGCAACGCCGACAUCUACCAGAUCAGCACCAACGGCACUGGCCUGACGCCGCUGAUUGCUACCUCUUCGUAUGAGAACAAUGGUGUCCUGUCGCCUGAUGGCACCAAGCUGGCCUACGUCUCCACGGCCAACAACUACGUGGCCAACAUCUGGGUCAAGGACCUGCUCACUGGGGAGGCAAAGAACCUGACCAACACGGCCGACACAGUUGGCGAGCCCACCGAGGACAGCCCUGACGGCCACUUCCGCCCCUCCUGGUCGCCCGAUGGCGAGUAUAUCCUCUUCACCUCCGACAGGAACACCGACUGGACCGGCCACAGCAACGGCACCGGCUGGGAGCACACCCAGGAGCUGUCUAUCUAUGUGAUCAAGCCCGACGGCACCGACUUCAGGCGCGUGGCCAAUAAGACGGGCUACUCUCUGGGCUCGCCUGCGUGGUCUCCCGAUGGUUCUCGUAUUGCCUACUACGAGAUCACCCGCGAGAACACCUACAACGCCCACCGAAUCGAUACCGUCAACGAGACCACCUCCCAGAUCGCCUCUGUCGACUUCGCCACCGGCACUGACGUCGUGUACCACACCUCUGGUGCUGGUGUCAAGCUGUCGCCCGCCUGGGUGUCCAACUCGACCCUCGGCUACCUCAUCAAGGGCGUCGCCGAGGAGGGUAUCAACUAUACCUCGUACACCACAACCCACCAGCAGUUUAUCCAGUCCGUUCGCAACCCCAGCUGGUCUCCCGAUGGCACCCAGAUCGUCUACGAGCGCACUGGCUGGGACAUCCGCCCUGUCGAGAAGACCAUCUACAGCUGGCAGGAGGACUGGGAGGCCCGCUUCAUGGACGUGUUCCCCCAGCUCUCCGAGACGGGCAAGCUCCUCUACACGGCCAAGCAGACCGGAAACGCAACCUCCGACAUCGUGUCCAGCAACCCCGACGGCACCGAUGAGACCCUCGUCUUCAGCUCUUUCGACGGUGAUAUCGUCAACGCCACUUUUGUGGCUGAGGGUCUGGCAGGAUCCUUCCAGCCUACCUGGUCCCCCUCGGAGGAGUGGGUUGCCUUUGGUAUCGGUUACUGGUUCUUUGACCGCGCCGACUACCCUGCCUACCUGUACCGCGCCACCUCCAACGGCUCCGCCUACGAAUACCUGACCGGCGAUGGUAUCCACAACGUCGGCUUCCCCAGCUAUGCGCCCACGGGUGAUGCCGUUGUCUACCGCGAGUGGAACGGCGAGGACGGUCCCCUCGGCCUGCGGAUCCUCAACAUCACCACCGGCACCAUCACCAACCUGACCUAUGGCUGGGAUACCACCCCAGGCUGGUCCCCCGACGGCACCAAGAUCGUUUUCGCCCGUAACAGCAACUGGACCGAGGCUAUGGGCCCCCGCUGGUACGCUGACCGCUACGACGUCUGGACCAUCAACCCGGAUGGAACCGACGAGACCAAGCUCACCACCAGCGGCGCCAACGACGCCCACGCCGUCUGGACCUCGGACAACCGCAUUCUCUACAACUCGGGCAUGUACGGCUUCCGCGAUGAGUGUGCCGUCUAUGACGACACCUUCCAGCCCUACGGCCAGAUCAUGAGCAUGGACAAGGACGGCAGCAACAAGGUGAUGCUGACCGAUUCCAUGUGGGAGGACUCGAUGCCUUUGUACGUGCCCAACGAGUAUCUCUCGUGAACUCGACUUUGGAAUGGGUCUCGUGAUGAGUGAAAGUUUUCUUUUUAUACCUCAUAUAUCCCAGAGUCUCAACUCUCUCUUUACUUGUAAAUAGGCAAUUUCACUUUUUUCAAGGGCUUCAGAUUGUGCAU